AUGGAAAAGCCUCAUUCCCAGCACGGUACCCUGAGGUGGUCGCACGGAAUGCUUGGAGUAGCGUUAAUGCUAAUUAUGUUUAGUUUGGUUCUCUCGUCGUUGGUGUCAACUCAGUAUGUAUUCAGCUACCUAGAGGCUGACUUGUUUCCCAACUCCAGUUUGUCUUCUUCAGAUGGGUCCGCCUGCAACGUUAACAAAUCGACAGAAUCAUACCGUGAGAGGACAGCGGUUGAGAAAAGUGCAUCUCGUCUCAAUAUCUUCACAAAACUUGCUGAAACAAUACCUGCUCUUAUAACAAGCGGGAUCAUUGGUGGCCUUAGUGACAAGUUUGGGAGAACACGGAUUCUUUCAUUUACUACAACGUGUUUUGUUUUAUCGACAUGUUUUUCCAGUGUUGUCAUUUACUUUGAGAUCGAUGUUUACUAUUUCAUUAUCAGCAGCACACUGUACAGUAUAGGAGGCGGUCUAUUUGGGGCACUGUCCAUUGGAUUCGCCUAUAUUUCGGAUGUAACAAUUCCAGGAAGACAACGGACUUUGAUGAUAACUCUUCUUGAAGCCUCCGUGGGAGUUGGCGCGGCACUAUCGGGAAUUAUUUCCGGAUACAUUCUUAGUAGUAUUGGAUUCUUUUAUGCAAGUUUAUGUGUUUCUGCAUCAGCGGCCAGUGCCAUGUUGGUAGUUGUACUGUUUCUUCCGCCGUCACGCCCUCCCGUAAGGUUGUUAUCAGACACUUCAAUCUUCGAAAAUGCACGCGCAUCUUUCACAUUUUAUUUUCGAGCGUCUCCUUCGAGAUACAAAUAUGUACUCGCAAUAAUUACUUUCCUGAUUGGUGCGCUUUCCCUUUUGGGUAAACAAAAUACGGAAAUUUUGUACCAGUUGAAUGCACCAUUUUGUUGGACAUCUGUAUACGUUGGAUAUUACUCGGCCAUAUCGACUUCCGCCUCGAUGAUUUUAGGUGUAGCCACAGUCAAAAUCCUGCAAAAAAUUUUUGUGGAGGAAAUUAUCGCAGUUUUUAGUGCCGUCUCUUCGUUGGUAGCUUGUCUUGUUGAGGCAUUUGCCGUCAGUGACCUUAUGCUCUUUCUAUCUCCAGCGAUAGGUUUCCUGAGUGCGUUGGUAUUCCCGAUGAUCAGAUCUAUGUUAUCCAAGCUUACACCUCCGGAAAGACAGGGUGCCCUAUUCGCGGGAAUAGCUGUGGUAGAAAUAGCGGCAAACCUUGGAAGCAAUGUUGGAGCGUCGACCAUCUACGUGGCAACUAUUGGUAUCAUGCGGAGCUUCGUUUUCCUCGUGUUUGGUGGUUUGUCCCUAAUAACAGCAUGUCUUUUGAUGGUUUUUCGCAUAAUGAAUGGAGGAUCGAAAAUCAUUCCAAUACAUGAUGUGACGAAAGACGUUACUGGUACUCAGGUAUUGGUUGAGAACGAAGGGUAA